GAAAAACCAUGUUGGACAUCAUGUUAUCAUCAUUGUCUGGAUGCAUGGACAGUGUUCUCCUGUUGCAAAAGUAAAAUGAUUCUCGCUUUAAAGAGCGGUUUAUUGGAGUUCAAGGGGGAUGGAAAGUCAAACUGGUGGAUGAAAAGCCAUUUUGUUGGGAGCAUGAAAAUGAAGAGAAACCUUGGAGGACUUUGAGGCACCUGUUCUACCUGUAGAAUUUACGAAACGCUACACUCGUGGAUGUUUACAGCUGAAUGCAGAAGGACAACAAAAGAAGAACCUUAAGUGCUUUAAAAGAGGACACAUCUGGAUAAACAUCUGGUAAACCUGAGACAGUGAAAAUGGACUAUAUGGAUAUGGACCACCAUCAGCGUUUUUCCUUGAUCAGCUGAGUGUCCGCCCAUCAUGGGUAGAUUUCUGGGUGCGCUUGGUUUGACACUGGAUCUAUUUUCUGGAGAAGGCUUCAUAGGUCAGCCUUGAUGAUGCGGCCCGGGUGUCCCUCCUUUACAGCUGUGGUUUUAACACUUUGUUUGAAUAGAUCUGGGUCUUUACAAUGGUGAAUGAGGACGAGAAGAAGCUUGGUCCCAGUUCCUCUUUAAGAUCAAGAAGUUUGAGCAGAUAAUGGAUUGGAAGGAACUGGCGGCUCACAAGCUCAGUCUGUCCCGCAGGAAGAAGUCCCCGCCCGGCUCCGCCUCCCUGCCCGGCGAGUCCCCAGAACCGCUGCUUUACACCGGGGGCUUCAGCGGGGCCUUGCAGCUCUCCCCGCCUGCCAUCCCACCAUGUCUCCUUCGAGCUGGGUCAAAGGUCAAGGACACGCCGGGGAUGGGAAAGGUCAGAGUCAUGGUCCGGAUCUGCUCGGUCCAGGAUGAGUCCUCGGAGUCCAUGUCCUUCCUGAAGGUCGACGGCAGGAAGAAGCAGCUCACGCUGUGCGAGACGUCAGCCCAGAGACGGUCCUCAGCCUCAGCGCCAAAGACCUUCACCUUUGAUGCCAUCUUCUCGCAGGACGCCUCCCAGGCUGAAGUGUGUUCAGGAACGGUGGCAGAGGUCAUCCAGUCGGUGGUGAAUGGCGCGGACGGCUGCAUCUUCUGCUUCGGGCAUGCUCACCUGGGUAAGACGUACACCAUGAUUGGUCGGGACUGCUCCACCCAGAGCCUGGGUGUGGCUCCAACGGCGAUCUCCUGGCUGUUCAAUGUGAUCGAGGACCGGAAGGAAAAGUCCGGAGCUUGUUUCUCAGUCAGAGUGUCGGCCGUGGAGAUCUCCGGCCGCGAGGAGACGCUCACCGACCUCUUGGCCGAACUGGCGGCGGCAGGGCACCAGGAGGCACCAGGCCCCGCUGUGUUGCUGAGAGAAGAUCCCAUCUGUGGAUCCCAGCUGCAGAACCAGAUAGAGGUUCGGGCGAGCAGUGCCGAGCGAGCAGCAUCCUUCCUGGACGCCGCCCUGGCAGCAAGGAAGAGCAACCAAAUGCCGAACAACCAGGAAGUCCGAAGGAACUCCCACUUCCUGUUUACCCUGCACCUCUACCAGGAGAGACUGGACAAGAGCAACAAGGCAGCCAUGUCCAGUCGGAGUCGCCUUCACCUCCUGGAUUUGGGCAGCUGCGAGACGGACAUCAGCAGGACCCGAGAGGGGGGCGGGGGUCAGUGUCUGUCGUUCUCGGCGCUGGGAAAUGUCAUCCUCGCCCUUGCCAAUGGAGCCAAGCACGUUCCCUACAGGGAUAGCAAGCUCACCAUGCUGCUCCGCGAAUCCUUGGGCAACAUCAACUGCCGCACCACCAUGAUCGCUCACAUCUCCGACUCCCCGGCGGGCUACAUGGAGACGUUGACCACGGUGCAGUUGGCCUAUCGCAUCCACCGCAUGAGGAAGAAGAAGUCGAAGCAUGCCUCCAGCUCAUCUGGAGGGGAGAGCUCCUGUGAGGAAGGCCCAUCCUGUCGGCCUCCUCGUCUUCGACCCUUCCACCCUCUGACCGUGGCCCUCGACCCGGAUGUUCCGCUGCUACUCUCGAGUGAUCCCGACUAUUCCUCCAGCAGUGAGCACUCCUGUGACACUGUCAUCUACGUUGGGCCGGGAGGGAAGGCAAUCUCAGACCGAGAGCUGAGCGACAACGAGGGUCCGCCUUCCUUCGUUCCCAUUAUUCCGUCCCUGAACAAAAAGCGAGUCAAAGAUGCACCCAAGUCCGACGGUGACCACUUUAAGUGUAACACGUUUGCAGAACUACAGGAGAGACUCGACUGCAUUGAUGGCAGCGAGGGCCCGGCCAUGUUCGGCACAGAGAAGAAAUCAGUAGCGCUGAAGGCUCAGAGUGGCCCUCUUAAACCCACAGAGGCAACGUCUCCACCCAAAUCUGAGAAGAACUCGUCCCACAUGUUCUCAGAAAGCACACUGACAACAUUCAUAGACAAAUCAGAUCAGGAUCAGCCCAAACUACCUUCAGCUGGUGGCUUCAUCGAGACGUCCAAAAGGACGAGUGCAGAUGGAGAGAAGCUUUCAGGCACCCCCGUUCAGCCAUGUGUGGUAAAGUCAGGGGGGGCUCCAACCCAUGACUCAGAGCCUGUAGUUCGAGAGAAAGUCUACCUCAGAGGAGCUGUACCCAAGCCACUGGCCUCACCGUCCUUACCCAGGACAACGAGGACGGCACCUCGGCCUAAGGAGGCUCUUGGCAGGACUCCCCCUGUCAGUAUAAGUGAACAAGCAAUGAGGCAAGACCAGCCACCCAAAUCUAUAAGCCCUAACCUAAACACAGAUGGAGCUGCUCACACAAGCAGGUACCCCACGGAGGUGAACAACCUCCGGGCCUCUCUGUUAGGACGAUGCCUGGACGGAGACUUUCUGAGGACCACAAUCACUCUGCAGCAGCCCGUGGAGUUGAAUGGAGAGGACGAGCUCGUGUUCACAGUUAUAGAGGAGCUCCCGCACAGCCUUGUCCCAGAUAAUGGCCGUCCCUCCAACCUCCUCAGCUUUAACACCGACUGCUUUCCACAGACUUUAGCUGCUGGCUCUCGCCCGGUCAGCAUCAUCAGUAGUAUUAAUGAUGAAUAUGAUGCUUACACCUCUCUACAAGGAGCUGUGGGACCAGGCACUGAUGUUGGCACCGAACACCAACAAGGUUUGCUUUCCCACAACAAAAAGCAGCCGUCUGUUGGCUCAUGGCUUUGUGAAUCAGCUGAAGGUGAUGGUAUUCAUUCACAAAGCAGGCUUUACUUGAGGGAUAAAACAAUGGACAAUGCCACCCUGCUGAGCUCACCAUGUAUAUUCCAUAAACAGCCGUUCUUACAGCAUGGCAUUAGGAGCUCCUUAAAUGACAGCGGUGUCUGUUUCUCAGAGCUGGAAAGCGACCCUGCUAGCCCAAACAAACCAUCUUUUACUAAGUGCCCUCCUUCCCCCAAGUCAGCCAAAGCAUCUCUAAAAGGCUCUCUGAAGGUGAAAGCCAAUACCCUGAACACAUCAGUGUCAACACAGAUUCCCCGCCAUGCCACCCAUUCCAGUCUUCCCAGGAAAACCAAGCCUACCUCAUCUGCAGCUGUGGGCUGCAGCAGACAGGAAGGCAGGCAGGAUGAUGUUUUGCUUCAGCGAAGCAGUUAUUGUGAUACCAGAGAGGCGGAGUUUCUUUCUGCAAGUAAGCCAACAAGAAGUGGCGUGACUAAUGUUUCCUCCAAGAGGUCCGGAGGGAACAGCAACAGUGUACCUCGCCCACCAAAGAUGCAGAUGUCUUCUUCAGCCCAGAGGGUUGUUGAUGGCUGUGAGAAGUCCAGCAGCAGGAGAGGAGACACUCUCAUCAAAUUGCCACGACUCACUCGGGGCGCAACAACUCUAGGAACCGUUUCCACCCCCCAAGAAGCUGCUUCAGUGAUCAGUACACUGAGGUUUUCAUCCCUGGGAAAAAAGGCAAAUGGACAAAAAAGCAGCACAAAGUUUGGACAGUCGAGUCAAGAACAAAAAUUAAGAAUUGUGCUGUCUCCAAGUGCCUUAAAAACAAGCAGCAACACUGGAAAGUCCUCAGAGGAUGAAGUGCAUGUCAAGCUCAGAGCUGGUUCAUUCAGCCACAGGACAUCCAGCUUUAAAACUGAACACAGUUUUGCAAGGACAUCCUCAAGCCUGAAGACGCAAGGAGCCAAAGAUUCUUCCAGGUACUUUGGGAGUCUAAUGUCUUUGGAAAGGUGCGACAGCCCAACCUUAGCUGGGUCCAAACCUGAGCUGUUCAGAGAAAACAGUGGUGCUACAUCUGGAGGAAAUGGCAGAUCCAACAGAUCAGUGCCAAGACUCAGUGAUCCGGCAUCCACCUCCACAUCGGCCUUUCCGUCCCAAGUUCCAGCUGGUGUUUUUGCAGCAACCAGCAAACUGUGGCAGGUCCGCAGUGGCAGCGGAUCAAGAGGAGCAGCUUCUGGUGGACUGAAACUUCGAACGUUGUCUGCCAGCACUUCGAAGAGCCCAAGCUCCUCCCCCAAACUGCCAGAGAAUGUAGCUGGGUGCAACACCAACCUACCUUCCAAUGGCAAGUCCCCAUCUCGCUCUGGAACCGGAGGCAAGACAGUAAAAGGCACCAUUAUGGGCACCAAGCAGACCAUCGGCAGGGCAGCCAACAGCCGGAUUAGCGAGUUGGUUUCAGGUAGCCAAAGGAAGAUGUUUGGUGGUGGAGCUGGAAGCGACAUCCCUGGCAGCAGGACUGGUAGCAUCACUGGAUCACCCCUCAACGCACCAUUGCCAUCACCUUACAGCAAGAUCACAGCGCCUCGGAGGCCACAGCGCUACAGCAGUGGGCACGGCAGUGACAACAGCAGCAUCCUGAGUGGGGAGCUGCCCCCCGCCAUGGGACGCACCGCCCUGUUUUACCACAGCGGGGGCAGCAGCGGCUACGAGAGCAUGAUCCGAGACAGCGAGACAACCGGCAGCACCUCCUCGGCACACGACUCUAUGAGCGAGAGCAGAGCAUCCUCAUCAAAUAGGAGCCGAGUUUCUAAAUCGCCCAAGAAGAGAGGAAACGGGUUCCUGCGGCGGCGGCUAAUCCCUGCCCCCCUGCCGGACACCUCCUCCCUGGGCAGGAAGCUGGGUGGUCAGUGGGUGGACCUGCCGCCGCUGGGCGGCACCCUGAAGGAGCAGUUUGAGAUAAAGGUGUAUGAGAUCGACAACGUUGAGUGUGUGCAGAAGAGGAAGGAGGCGCUGAUGGGAUCUGAGCAGACGUUCCACGAUGUUGAGAAGGGUCUGCUCUACUUCAAUGCCCGGUUGAGGAUGCUGGAGAAGCGGCAGCAGCAGAUCCAAGAGCUAAAGAGCAAACACGACAGGCUGAAGGCGGAGCUGGAGGAGGCCAAGAGCUGGCUGAUGCUCCACCCGAGCAGGUGGAGUGGAGAGUUUGACGUGGACCAGGACCUGGACUGCGAGUCCCAGGAGUACCUAGAGGCUCUGGCUCAGGCCACGGGGGAGCUGGAGUAUUGCGUCAACCUGUGCAAGUCCCGUCUCAUGAUGGAGACCUGCUUCGACAUCACCGUGAUGACGGCAGGUGACGCUGCGCAAGGGGGCCGUCAGGAGGUGGAGGUGUGAAAGGUUCGCUGACUCACCGACGGAAGAUUGAAGCAGACGUCCUGUCAGAGCAGAGCAGCAAAUGGCUGAUCGGAGAUCAGACCUCAGAGGACGCAGCUUUGCAAGUGCCUUCUAUUCACAAGCUCAACGACUCUGUGAGCUUGUUUGUCGUGGUGUUUUUUAUGGUGCUGAAUUCAUCCGUUGUGCAGCAGAGUUUAGGGAAAAUGAUUCAGCUCCAGCAUGGACUCUGUUCACCUGUAAGCUCCACCCCGAGCCUCAAACCUGAAGAACCCAGAGCAGGACCAUGGGUUUGAUCCCGCUCAACGACUUAAGCACUCGAGUUGAAGUGAACCAACUCUGAAGUUGGUUUUAGGAAACCGCCUCGUCCACCCUGAGUUCAGCCUGCUCAUGUUCUCAGUGACUCAAACAGAUGUUUCAGCAGGUAAAACAUCUGUGGCAACAUACAUGAUGACAUCAUCUGCACUGCAGCCAGAACCACAGAGCAGGAAUGGUAUCUAACUGACAGAUGUACAGACAUACAAACACACAUUAAAGGGGACGUGAAACACUGAAACACUAUGGUCUCCUCUCAGUAAAUAACAACUCGGAUGUGUUUCUGAAAGAGAACAAUGUUCUGACAGUAUCCAAUUUUAAAAUCACUGAAUAAAAGCUAGAAUCUCGGUCAGGUGACAUCACGAAUCACGUGACCGACGAUCGCAAGUUGCCCAUUUUAAUUCGAAGCGUCCAGAACAGGGGUGUCCGUAUAUUGACGUGAAGAAAUAUAAUGCAGUUUUUUUCUGUUAGGGAGGAUUUGUUUGUUGUUAAGUGUAAUGUUAAAAUAAGUUCUUUAAAAAGCCAAAAAUGAUUUAAUAUGAUGGCAAUAUGAGCAGAGAGUGCAAACAUACUAAGAGAUUGACUAUGUUAGUUCAGUGAGACAGUCAAAAACUAAUGUGUACACUUAUGUCUGCAUUUUUAUUUUGUUAAAUACGAACAAAAUGAUAGCAGAAGUGCUGCCACGUGUCUGGCCAGAAAGAGAGGACCAUUGUGUUUAUUUGGUAGUUCAAUGAAAGGCUUUAGUUAGUUAAGAGUGAGGAAAAGAAUCUGUGUUCACGUUUGCAGUUUUGUCUUGUUAUACACUAUCUGAAAUUUAAAAAAAACAAACAAAAUAUUACAUUUUCAGAAAUAUUUGUGGGUGUUUUCUUGUUUGUUUCUUUGUUUCUUUUUUAAUACCUGAACGCUAAAGUGGCCCUCCAAUGAGAUGACGGUGCCAGGAGUGGCCCACAGCUCAUUAAAGUUUGAGACCCCUGGUCCAGAAGAGCACUGAUGUGUAAAACCUGGAGAUCUCUGACUGAAGCCCCACCCACUUAUAAACUGUCAGUCACUUGUGGUUGCCUGAUCGAUGGUCUGUGGCCACGUUUAUGCACACUCACUUCCUGUUGGACCCUGAAACGUUAGCUUGUCAUGACGCAUCGGAAUCUUUUCUCGUCCACGACUUCUACAGCCACAUGAGGAUGUCUCUGAAACUCCAAACUGUCCCCAGAUGCUUUCUCAGACAGAGCAAAGAUCAAACUCUGAGCUCCACACAUGACCCCACCUCCAAACACAGUAUACUCUCUGAAGAAUACAAAAUAAAAGUUCAGAGUCAGCUGUGAGGAUGUAAAAUUUCACAUUGCAGAUUUCCAUCACACGUGUGAUGUGCAGCAGGAACUGACACACUCAGAUUCAGACGUUUCCCGUCUCAGGCUCUUUCUGAAGUGGCUGCAUGAAGCAUCGUUCUGCAUUAUGUUCUUGUUUUUGUUCGUCAGGUUUCGUGUUUUUCUUUAAAUUGAUUAAAUCGCUCUGCUGAUGUGGCGUGUUAACCGUCUGUUUCCUUUUCUUUGUUUUUGUAUUGUACAGUUUUCUAACUAUUUGUAAAAAAAAAAAAAAAGAGGAGUGCGUGGGUCGGCGCAGAGGCAGCAUCAGGAACAUGAAUAAAGAUUCAAA